AUGCUUUAUAUGGUUUUUGAAUUCAUGCAAGGAGCAGAUCUUUGUUUUGAAAUUGUCAAAAGAGCAACUGCUGGUUUUGUUUACAGUGAGGCUGUUGCCAGCCAUUACAUGCGUCAAAUGCUCGAGGCCCUCCGCUACUGCCAUAACAAUGACAUCAUUCACAGAGACCUCAAACCCCACUGUAUCUUGUUGUCGUCCACUGAGAAUUCUGCACCUGUCAAGAUUGGGGGAUUUGGAGUUGCCAUUCAGUUGAAUGAAAUUUCUGGCAAAAUCUCUGGAGGUCGGAUUGGGACCCCCCAUUACAUGGCACCUGAGGUUGUCAACAGAGAGCCUUAUGGCAAACCAGUGGAUGUGUGGGGGUGUGGAAUCAUGCUUUUCAUUUUACUUGGUGGCUAUCCACCUUUCUAUGGCACCAAAGACAGACUAUUCAAAAUGAUUACCAAAGGGAAAUUCCACAUGCGCUCGAAGCAGUGGGAUUUCAUUUCUACAUCAGCUAAAGAUCUUGUUAAAAAGAUGCUGGAUGUGGAUCCUGAUAAAAGAAUUACUAUUGAUGAUGCUUUGAAUCAUCCAUGGAUUAAGGAAAAGACCAAGAUCCACCUCCAGGAGACGGUGGAGGAAAUGAAAAAGUUUAAUGCACGAAGAAAAUUAAAGGUGACAUUCAUUUUUUUUUUCUCUUUCUCACUGCUCUGUUUUCUUCCUCUCCUCUUUUCUAUCUCCCCCUCUUUUCUAUCCUCCUCCCCCUCUUUUUCUCCUCCCCCCCCUCUUUCUAUCUCCUCUCCCCCUUUUUCUCUCCCUCUUUUCAUCUCCCUCCCCCCUCUUUUCUAUCUCCUCUCUCCCCCUCUUUUCUAUCUCCUCUCUCCCCCUCUUUUCUAUCUCCUCUCUCCCCUCUUUUUAUCUCCUCCCCCUCUCCCCCCCCCUUUUCUAUCUCCUCCCCUCCCUAUCUCCUCUCUUCUUUCUAUCUCCUCUCCCCCCUCUUUUUCUAUCUCCCCUCUCCCCCUUUUCUAUCUCCUCUCUCCCCCUAUCUUUUUUAUCUCCCCCUCUUUUCUCCUCCCUCCCCUCUUUUCUCCUCUCCCCCUCUCUCCCCCCCCUUUUCUAUCUCUCCUUUUCUCUCCCCCCUUUUCUAUCUCCUCUCUCCCCCUUUCUAUCUUCCCCUCUUUUCUAUCUCUUUUCUCUCCCUCCCCCUCUUUUCUAUCUCCUCUCCCCCCUUUUUCUAUCUCCUCUCUCCCCCUCUUUCUAUCUCCUCCUCUCUCCCCUCUUUUCUAUCCUCUCUCUCCCCUUUUCUAUCUCUCCCCUCUCCUCCCCUUUUUCUAUCUCCUCCCCCCUCUUUUCUAUCUCCUCUCCCCCCUUUUUUUCUAUCUCUAUCUCUCCCCCCUCUUUUCUAUCUCCUCUCUCCCCCUUUUCUAUCUCCCUCUCUCCCCCUUUUCUAUCUCCCUCUUUUCUAUCUCCAUCUCUCCCCUCUUUUCUAUCUCCUCUCUCCCCCUUUUUCUAUCUCCCCCUUUUCUAUCUCCCUCUUUUCUAUCUCCUCUCCCCCCUUUUCUAUCUUCUAUCUCCUUUUCUAUCUCCCUCCCCUCUUUUCUAUCUCCUCUCUCCCCCUCUUUUCUAUCUCCUCUCUCUCCCCCUCCGCCUUCAAAAUCAGGUUAA